AUGAGCAAACGAUUCCAGCAUCUCAAUAAAUACCGUAAUGCGGUUGGCAAAGUAGCCAACAAAGAGGCAUGGUAUGCGGAUUUGACUUUGGGAUCAUCUCCAUCAGAUCACUGUAAUCUCAUCCAAGCAAGUCGGAACUGGAUAGCCGUAAAAUGGACAGGAAAUGGUGGAUCGAUGGGACUUUUGCCAAUCGACCAGCCUGGAAAAGGUUGUUCUAGUAAAGCACAUGUCUUUCAUGCUCACGGAGCAGCUGUGUCCGAUUGGAGUUUCUCUGAUUUUGAUGACAAUUUACUUGCAACUGGUGCCGAAGAUGGAUUGGUCAAAGUGUGGAAGAUAUCUCAAGAAGACGAAACUCCUGUCUGUCUGACUUCAUUGACAACACCUUCAAGACGUGUUGACCUUGUUAGGUUCCACCCUACAGCAGACCAAAUUGUAACUACACUCGGAAACGAUGGGAAAAAAGUCUGUAUUUGGGAUAUUGAAAAGUCUAGUUGUGCCUUUGAAGUCGGUACCACCACUACCGACCCUUUUCAUUCUUUUUCAUGGAAGGGUGAUGGUUCUCUUUUCGGUACAUCCUCAAAAGGAGCUGUUGAUGUGUGGGAUCCCAGGGCCCAGGACAAGGCCGUGAUGUCUGGAAGUGGCCAUGAAGGAAUCAAGGGAUCUCGAGUGGUUUGGCUGGGAGACUCAAACGCAAUAUUUACAGUUGGAAUGAACAAGCUCCGUAACAGACAGUACGCAUUGUGGGAUGUACGUAGCAUGUCAAGUCCAUUGAAGAUGACCAUGUUUGAUUCUUCUACGGGUAUCGUUAUCCCACUUUACGAUGAAGACACAGAGACAAUGUAUAUGAUGAGCAGAGGCGACACUACCAUUCGAUCUCUUCAGCUGUCUGAUGUCCAGACCACUCCAACCAUAGCUGAAAACAUGGCAUGUGGUACAAACACGUCUAUUUAUGGUGCAGCAUUGCUUCCAAAGCAGUCUUUGAAUGUGAUGCAUGCAGAGGUUGCUAGAGUUUUGGCUGUCACUGAGAAUGCAGUUUUACCCAUUUCAUUCGAAAUCCCUAGAAAGCAAUAUCUAGAUUUUCAUGCGGAACUCUUCCCUGACACAAAGGGAAAUGUACCUGGGCUCUCGGGAUCACAGUGGAUUUCUGGCAAGAAUGCUCAAGUGGCCAAAGUAUCUUUGGAUCCAUCAAACCAAGCUGUAAAUAAAACUGCAGAGUCGAUCAAACCGUCUAGUCCUAGAGAAACCACGCCACAACAAGUUUUGAGAAAUAUUGAUGAGCCAUCUGUUUCAAAACCAUCGAGUCAGUCUCCAACCAAACAAAAUAGCAGCAACACGGUUGACAAGAUUGACAAGUCUGUCAAUAAUAACAAUAAUAACAAAAAGAAUAGUACUGAUAGUACAUCUGAUGUCGCGAUCCCAAAAGCAUCUACAUCACAACAAGAAGAACCUGUCAAACCCAAAGCUGUGCCCAAGUAUGGAUCAAACCAUGCUUCUGCCUACAAAUACAUUUCUGGAAAGGCCUAUCAUCCCAGUACUCAUUUUGAAGAUCUCAGAGGUCUUAGUGUUGACAAGAGCGGUGAGGUUGAUUUAAUAAAGACCAAUGGCAAGUUGAUUGCGGUUCCAAUUGCCGGACCAGGUGGCCGUGUUGGUAUCAUUUCAGUCAAUAAGCCUGGAAGAUUGCCCACCCAUGUUCCCUGUGUUCUGUGCGGCUCAGAAGUAACAAACUUUCAAUUUAAUCCCUUUAAUGACCACGUCCUGGCAACAGUCUCUGAGGACAACAAGAUUCGCGUAUGGACUAUUCCAGAAGGCGGACUCGAAGAAGAUCUUGGAGAACCAACAGCAGUUAUUGGUACUAAUGCAAUGGACAAAAUUGCUCUGCUUGAGUACCAUCCCAAUGCUGAGAAUAUUCUGAUGACCGUGUCCAGCGAUAUUUCAAAGCCCACGAUACGUAUCUGGGAUCUUGUGGAACAAAAGGAGAAGAUUGUCUUGACAGGCAUGCACCCUGACAUCAUUUUUGCUGCCGCCUGGAGUCCUGAUGGGUCAAGAAUUGCGACCGUGGCAAGAGAUAAGAAGAUUCGUGUCUUGGACGCGCGCACAGGCAAGGUUCUGGCUGAAGGCCCUGCUCAUGAUAACGCUCGUCCUUCGAGACUUGUUUGGCUCGGCGCAAGUAGAAUUGCGAGCGUUGGGUUUGGUAGAGGAUCUAUGCGUGAGGUUCUGUUAUUCAAUACAGACGAUCUGACUCGUCCUGUCAAAAAAAACAAUAUCGAUGUUUCGCCAAGUGUUAUGGGAGUUCACUACGAUCCUGAUUGCCGCGUUCUGUAUGUGGCUGGAAAGGGUGAUCGUACUAUUCAUACUUUUGAACUUGAAGAUGAUGAUACUUUAAAGGCACUUGCAAAGAUCGAGUCUGGCACAUUACAGCAAGGUUUUGCAUUUUUCCCUAAAAGCUCUUGUAAUGUUCGGGAAACCGAGAUUGGGAAAUUCUACCGCCUCACGCCUAAUUCUAUUGAACUUGUUGGUGUGCGUAUUCCUAGAGCCAGACCUGAAUUCUUCCAAGAUGAUAUUUUUGUUGAAACUUUGGACUUUGGCCACCCUGCUCAAGAUUCAGCAAGUUGGUUUUCUGGAGAGAAUAAAGGCUUGAAAAGAAUAUCUCUCAAGCCUGAUGAUAUGACACCUCUUUCUUUGGCACCUCCACCACCACAACAAGCAAAGGCAAAGGAAAAAUUUGAGAUGGGUAAAAAGGCCGUGACUGAGGACCAGCGGAGACAGGAGUUGAUGGACCGUAUGUUUUCGUCUGCUAAAGAAGUAGUUGCUACCGAGGAAAAGCCUGUUGAUCCAAAUGACCAAGAAGUGGCUGAUGAUGAAUGGGAUGACUAAAAGGUUUAUUUACCAUUUUUAUUGUCCCAAUAAUAUACUACAGUUUUUGCUAGCUUCUUUGUCGU